GCUGCUAUCCAGUGCUGCUGGAAUCUUAAUUUCCCUGAGGGAGUCUUCCCAAGGGAUUAAUAAAGUUCUAUCUAAUCUAAUCUAAUCUAUUGAUGCAGCUCAAGAUAAUGGCAGCUAUGGGAGACUUGUUAAUGAUGACCACUACCAUCCAAACUGCAAGACCUCAGCUUCAGCUACAGUUCAGGAACAAGUCCUCUUCCUUCUCCUCAUCAAAAGCUCCAGCUACAGUGCAGGAACAAGUCCUCUGUCCUUCUCCUCUUCAAAAAGAUUUCACAGAUGAUGAUGAUAUUGAUGGGGGUGAGAGUGAAGAUGAGGAAAACCCUGCUGCGGACAGAGCACUGGACGAAGAUGCUCCUGAUGAAAUGAAUGAUGAAAGUAUGGACAAGUGAAGGAACAUCUUACAACAAAGCUGACAGACAUAUCUCUGGACGCAAUGGAUGCCACAAGUGUUUGAAGACGUUCAGCAAAAAAGAAUUUGGUGAAAAAAUGGACUACUCAGGAUUUGAGCGGUCUUCAUGGGAGCCACGCACGUCAAAGGAUCACACACACUAUGCUGGAUUAUCCAAACGGGCAAGGACAAAGGCAGAACAGAAAAGAAUUGAACGCAAGUAUGGAGCUAGAUGGUCAGAACUUUUCCGCUUGAGUUACUAUGAUGCCAUCAGAUUUGACAUCAUAGAUCCAAUGCACAACCUUCUCCUUGGUACGGCAAGACAUGUAUUCAGACUGUGGACAGAACUAGGAAUUUUAACAACAAAAAUUGAUGAACUUCAAGCUAGAGUGGAAAACAUCAAAGUACCUUAUGAGGUUGGAAGAAUUCCCUUACGGAUUUCAUCUGGCUUUACAGGAUUUACAGCAGAUCAGUGGAAAACCUGGACAACCAUUUACUCACUGUUUUAUCUGAAGGGGCUUAUCAACAACAGACACUAUGGCAUGUGGUUUGACUUUGUGCAGGCUUGUAUCAUACUCUGCUCCAGAGUCAUAUCCAUCAAUAGACUGGAAGUAGCUGAUGGAUACCUGCAGACAUUUCUCUCAAAAUUUGUCAAACUGUUUGGCCCAUUGCACUGCACCCCCAACAUGCAUCUACAUCUUCAUUUGAAAGAGUACAUAUUGGAUUACGGACCAGUUUAUUCUUUUUGGUGUUUUUCAUUUGAGAGUUUUAAUGGAAUACUGGGAAAGUUUAAUAACAACAAUAGGACAAUUGAAGUACAGAUUAUGAGGCAAUUUCAGCAGAGCCAACAGCUUCAUAUGCCAUGCACAUGGAUGCAUACGACAUCCCUCUGUCCUUAUGACCCUCGCAGCGGAUAAGGAAAAACUCCCCAAAA